CCACCAUUUACCCUCCUUUAAAACUCCAACCAUCAAUCUAAUUUUUUGUUAUUUCUCACAAAUCCUCUAAACGUCUCGUAUGAGCAAGAGAAAUCGAUCAAAACAAAACAAAAAGAUGAACAAGAACAAGAAGGAUGUGAAGAUCGAGACAGAGAAAAGCUCAAUGAUGGACGAGUGGCCUGAGCCAAUCGUCAGAGUCCAGUCCUUAGCCGAAAGCAACCUCUCCACUCUCCCCGACCGCUACAUCAAACCAGCCUCUCAACGCCCUACCAUGACCGAGGACGCUCCUGCAGCGACCAACAUACCAAUCAUAGACCUUGAAGGACUGUUCUCGGAAGAUGGGUCGUCGGAUGACGUCAUCAUGGCUAAGAUAUCGGAGGCUUGCCGUGAGUGGGGAUUCUUCCAGGUGGUGAACCACGGUGUGAGGCCGGAGCUGAUGGACGCGGCUAGAGAGAAUUGGAGAGAGUUUUUCCACUUGCCGGUCAAUGCUAAAGAGACAUAUUCGAACUCACCAAGGACCUAUGAAGGCUAUGGAAGUAGGUUAGGAGUUGAGAAAGGAGCCAUUCUUGAUUGGAGUGAUUAUUAUUAUCUUCAUCAUCUUCCUCCUCAUUUGAAAGAUUUCAAUAAGUGGCCUUCUUCGCCUCCCACCAUUAGAGAAGUGAUCGAUGAAUAUGGCAAGGAAGUAGUACAAUUAUGCGAGAGGAUUAUGAGGGUAUUAUCGUCAAAUUUGGGACUCGACAAAGAUAAGUUUCAAGAAGCUUUUGGAGGUAAAAACAUUGGAGCAUGUUUGAGGGUUAAUUACUACCCAAAAUGCCCUCGACCGGAGCUGGCUCUCGGUCUCUCUUCUCAUUCUGAUCCUGGAGGUAUGACCAUUCUUUUACCAGACGAUCAAGUCUUUGGUCUCCAGGUCCGCAAAGAUAAUACAUGGAUCACUGUCAAGCCUCAUCCCCAUGCUUUCAUUGUCAAUAUUGGUGAUCAAAUCCAGAUUCUAAGCAACUCAACAUACAAGAGUGUGGAGCAUAGAGUGAUAGUGAACUCAGAGAGAGAGAGAGUUUCACUUGCUUUCUUCUACAAUCCUAAAAGCGAUAUUCCUAUCCAACCAUUACAAGAACUUGUAUCCACUCAUAAUCCUCCUUUAUAUCCUCCAAUGACCUUUGAUCAAUAUAGACUCUUUAUCAGAACUCAAGGUCCACGAGGAAAAUCCCAUGUUGAAUCUCAUGUUUCUCCUCGUUAACUGUUUUCUCUUCACACAAAGAAGAUUUGAUGUUUUAAAAAUCUGACUUGUAUAUGUGUUUUUUUUUUUUUUUAGUUCUCACAGGAUCUGAUUUACCUUCAAGCAAAUAACCAUUGAAUGAUAUAAAUA